AUUACGAAAUAAGUGCGAGGACAAAAUUCAGAUAAGAGUGUGUGAAAUUCUCUCGAAAGAGCGGAACACCGGAAGUCGCCGGGAACCCGUGUAAGCGCAUCUCCGUUUCGCGGAGAACCUCGUACCUCGGAUCCUUCCUUUAGAAAGGAUCACGAAUCCGUUAUGACAUUCGAGGUGGCACGCGAAGCCAGCAAAAAUCGAAUAAAGCCAGGGCUCGAGUUACUGCCUGUUGCUGAUCGUUAUUUUUCCAAAAUUUUCAUCUUCUCACCAAACGGAAGCCGCCUUUAAAUACUCACAAAAUAACUUCCACUUUCGACUGCUCUGAAAAAAUAUUAUAUCGUUCUUAACUUCCAAUUAAAUGGAAGAUAGCUUGCUUCCAUUAAAGUUGCCGAGUGGGAAAAGUACCGGGAAAAAGUUCGAAGGUGUUCUGCUACGAUUUACUGUUCAGGCGAAAGACGCGAAAGCCCGCAAAAGUCGAGCAGAGCCUCUCCUCUCCUCGUCUCGUUUCCUGUUGUCGGUCAUUGUUAGCGGUUUUCGGGCGCGCAUCCGCUCGCGGAGAAAGCGGAUCGCCUCGGAGCGAUGCGCACCUCCUUCUGUUGCGGCCGCUUCCGCCACGGUACGUGCGGUUUCCGGUGCGUGGCGCACGUACGAUAUCGGCUGCGAUAUACCGCCGCCAUCCUCGUAUCGACACUCAGUCGGAACUAGACUGUCGGUCGCGCUGGUCGUGGUCCUCGUUCUAGUUACACCUUUUCUAUACUCACCUGUGCGAAUCUUCCAUCGUUAUUGUUUCUCGAUUUUAUUCAGAAGGUGAUUGUGCAAUUUUGUGGAUAGACCGUUGUUUUAUUCGUUUUUAUCUUCUUUAUUUAAUGUGAUUUUGUGGAGGUAUUUCAUUGUUAUCGUAUCUCAAUUUUUGUUAACAAGAUUCAGUGGCACUUUUGUGCGUAUUUUUAUUAUCGUUAUUAUUUUUCUUUUUUUUUUUUGAAUUGGUUUCUUGUGAAACUUUUGAACGGAGUGUGAUAUUUUUUAAAGAAUUUUAAUUUUGAUCGAUCGAAGGAGAGUGUCGGUUCGUGUCAUUGACGAGGAACAUUGUUUUUCUUUUAUGUACAUAUAUGUAUACAUAUUUAAAAGUGAAACUGUUACGGUGAUAAUUGUGGGUAGCGAGACUCUGACAACAAAAUUCAAUUUCCUUGUUAGCUUGGUAAUUAGUGCUAUCGAGAACGAAGAUAAAACAUUAUCUUAAAAAUUGUCUUAUCGACUUCCUGAGGGUCUAUCGUGUGUCGACUUGUUUGCCCGAGUUAAAAGUGCCGGAAAGUGUCGCCAUAGUGUCAAUUAUUGGAACUAAAUUAUUUUACACGAUCCAUUUGCAAGACGAGACAAAUUCUAUCCAAUGCACAUCUAUCAAUUACUUUUAGAAUAAACAUCUUAUAAUAAAAACAAAAUCUUAAACAUAAUAUCGAGGACCACUAUCUAAAGUCGCGAACUCAGCCACAUCUUAGAAGCCAGAUUUCUCUAAAAAUCAACCCUCGAAAAAAAAAAGAAAAAAAAAAUAUUUACAACAGGACCAACUCUCCCCAAAAGCUUGACCUACUGAAAUUCAAAGAACGAUAAUCUGGAAUUCCCUGAGAAUCGAUGCCCAAUGUCCGACCCAAUAGCAGUCGACAUUCGAGCGUCCAGGAGCAAUCAACUCAUGGAUUCGCGUGGUUCCCCAGGCCCAGUCACGGUCCAAGCGUAUCCUGAAUGCACCCUGGGAAUAUCCUGGCGGGAAUAUCCACGCAUUCCGUAUCAACGAGUUAUGAAAUACCGACGUGGAAACGCUCGGCCUGCUUCGAGAGCACCAAGAUCGUCCAGUGCAGGUACCAACAAUCUACCACCGUUGACGUUCCAUCAGGUUCAUGGCGACAAUAUCACGCUCUGCAAUGGCGGGACCAUCGCCAGAAGACACGAAAGCUUCUGCAAGGGCAUCACGUUUAGCGCCAGGCCCGUACGAGUCGGCGAGAAGGUGUGCGUCAAGUUCCUCGAGAUCUCCGACAACUGGAGCGGCGUGAUAAGGUUCGGUUUCACGAGCAACGACCCCAUCAACCUUCGAAACGGUCUGCCCAGGUACGCCUGUCCAGACUUGACGAACAAACCAGGCUAUUGGGCGAAGGCUCUGACCGAGAAGGUGGCAGACAGAGACGCCGUCCUGUUCUACUACGUGACGUCGGCCGGCGACGUCCACUUCGGCGUGAACGGCGAAGAAAAUGGCGUGUUCUUCAGCGGCGUGGAGACUCGCGGCCCCUUAUGGACGAUCAUCGACGUCUACGGCAACACCACCGCCAUCGAGUUCGUCGAUCCCAACAGACAGCACUUCAACAACAUCAGGAGAGGCGCCGAGCAUAGCAACGAGGACAAUGCGCAGCACAGCAGGCACUCGGCCAUGGACGAUGCCAGCAACGCCGGCAGGGACCUCGAGAGGAUCAUCCUUCCGUCCAUGCAGAGCAUGUCUAUCCAUCACGAGCCCGACGUCGAGCUGCCAGGGCUCAGGUUUCAACCGGCAGGCGUCAUCUUCACACCGUUACCUUUCCACCCGACUCGAGGCAGGAACAUCCGCUUCAGUAACCAGCAGUGCGUGGCAACGCGCACCGACACGGAAUUCUGUCACGGCUACGCGUUCACGGGUCGACCGUUGCUGCUCGGAGAGCGCCUGGUGGUGCAAAUACUCGCCACAGAGCCGAUGUACGUCGGUGCUCUAGCGAUGGGUCUGACCUCCUGCGAUCCUGCUCGCCUAACAGCCGAAGACCUACCUGACGACAGCGAUCUGUUGCUGGAUCGUCCCGAGUACUGGGUGGUUUCUAAGGACGUGGCCUCUAGCCCUCAACCUGGCGACGAGAUAGCCUUCACAGUGACCCACUUUGGAGAGGUUCAAAUGAGCAAGAACGGCGGUCCUCCAAACGUGGUGAUGCAUAUCGACCAGAGUCUGCAGCUCUGGGCGUUCGUCGACGUGUACGGUAGCACUCAGCGGGUCAGAAUGCUGGCCAGCAGACCCACGUCUCCUCCGCGACAACGACAAAGCAACUCAUCUCCGGCCACUAUCGUUCAGCAGCAACAGCAACAGCAACAGUUCUCGAAUCACAGUAACGCUGCCACCGAGCUCUCCAGAUUCUCCGAAAUGGUUCAGUUUAAGCCGGCUGUAGGCGGUGGCACGGUCCUCGUGGUGAAUCUACCGCCACAAACCAGCUGCCCGACGCCACCCUCGUCCACACCUCAGCCCACCUACGCCUCCGCGGGCCACAGAAAUCCUCAUCUGCACCUGCCACCAAGCGCGCUGGCGUCCACGUCGCAUCCAGGAUCAUCCAGACAGACCUCGGCGCCGUUGACGGGCACCAUGGCCAGCACGGGUUCCUCCACUUACGUCGACCCCGUCAACUACCAGAGUAUGGACGGCACCCUCACGUCCCAGGCGUCGUCGCACUUGCAACAGUGGAGCGAGGGCCUUCAACCCACUCCUGGACAACCCAGCGAGUGCUCCAUCUGCUACGAGAGGAGCAUCGACAGCGUCCUGUACAUGUGCGGACACAUGUGCAUGUGCUACACAUGCGCCAUCCAGCAGUGGUGCGGCAAGGGCGGCGGACUCUGCCCGCUCUGCAGGGCGCCCAUCAAGGACGUGAUUCGUAUUUACAGAUCCUGAACAACGGUGCAGGGUCUGCGCGGAAGGAACAGUUCCAAGGGCUGAUGUCUCCUGAUUCGUUAAACUCGUCUCCUCUGCGACUAGGCAAACGGCGUGCUUCGCUCGUGGAUCGCUGUUCCGUUGUUUACGGCACGCGCUCGUUGUUCUCGUCUGCGACGCGAAACUGUGCUCGGGACGGUGGGUAUCCUCGAGUUCUUUUUGAAGAGGGACUUCUAUGAUCGUUAGGAGAUAGAGGAGGGACGGUGGUUGGUGCCGAUUCUCAGGACCGUCGUUGAGAGAAAAAAUUAAACAGAUCUGUGUUGUUGUCUCGAGACUCUUGUCGAUUAGAAUGUCGUUAGAGAGAUGGAGAUGCUUCCACGGUACAUGGUCUGCCACCGUCGCCACCGUGAGACGAGAACGCGAGACGUGUUCCUCUAGACCCAGCGUGGUCGUCGAUCAGCGAAUCCUUAACCCAGAUUGGUGGUAUUCGCGGUGUCGCUGGCAAAAUUGCUUUAGUCUUCGAGCGAGUGACCACAGUGAGCUUUCGAGAACAGGAGGGACUAGAGAAUGAGUGAGUGUAUAUGAGCGGGAGAGAAAGUGACAGAGCGUGAUUGAGAGUGAAACAAAGAGAAAGGGCUCGUCGAGACUAUCGGCUCUCCCUCGUAUUAGAGUUUGAUCUAUGGUCAUCCCUUGAAUGGGCAACGAUUCUCGUACGAUGGAGAGUCGAUAGCCUGGCGGAUACCCGAAGCAUUGAUCUUCGAUAUUUUCACAAUCGAUAUUAUAUAUAUAUAUUAUUGCUACCAUCGCCAAUUAAUGUUAACGUUACUAUUAUUACGCUCACCGCUGCUACAAUUCUCAGCCUUUAGUUCUUAUUAUUUUUAUCAUUACAAUUAUUCUUAGUAAUAUUAUUAUCACGAUCCGACAUCAUAGUGGGUCGUGUUACAUUUAUUAUUUUUAUCGAGUAGACGUUGCUAUUGACGGAGUACGAUUGCCUAUUAUCGUUGUUUUUUAUCGCUCCAGACACAUCGAUGUCUCGGCGUCGUACAUUUGGUAUCUUAUUUAAUACAACCCGUGUGAUUACGUAGUACGAAUCUCUGUAAGCCACCACCACCACCACCCCCACCCCCUCCCCAAGGCCGUAGUUGUUUAGAACUCUUCGAUUUUUUUUUUCGCUUUCCUCGAUUCUUCUUUCUUCUUCUUGUUCGCGUUCUUCAUCGGCGUUCGCUUCGAAGCGACACCCAAAAACGCGUGUCACCCGGCCGUUCUUCCAGACACGCGUUUUUUCCCACCUUCUCGUUUGUUACUUUCGACAAUAACGCUUGGAUAUAACGUUUAAAUAGCGUGUAAAAGCCGGGCGAAAGCGCGGAGCCGCAGCGACUUAUUAGCCGUGUAUGUAUAAUGACUACAAUAAUUGUACGUAUUACCAAAGAAUAGCGCGCGACGUUCUCCUCCCGCUCUGCGUACGUUUCAAACGAGCUCACGCAACCUCUCCACGCAGCCAGCCUUAAAGGACGAUAACUUUUUUGAUACGUUUAGACUUAGCGUGUUAACCGUUUCUACCGAGCUCGAACAACCAAGAGAAUUGAGACAUCGUCCACGGGGCAGUGUCGCGACGCGCGCGCAUACUCUAGCGUAACUCUCGCUCUGUAACGAACUUUUGCGCUACGGUGGUACUUGUAAACAUUGGAACAGAAUUACAUGUCUCUUUGAACUAUGAAUCGUCCGCGUCUUAUUAGUACCACCACCGUAUAAAAAUGAGAAUCAUCGGACUCGUUCGUCCUAGAAGCGGCCCAACGCGACGCUGCGCGUAUAGCAGGCAAAACUAGUUGAAUUCCUAACCGUAUCGACGACAAGAGUACAAGCAAAGUUACUAUGUUAGGUUGCGUUGCGUUCCAAGGGACAAGCGACAGAGUUUUAGAGGCUUUUAUCAGUGUUGACAACUAAAAAGAAAUUAUUUGGGGAGCUCUCGGUAGCCAACUACUAGUCUGUUAGAUCUAGCCAAGUUUAGUACGAGUCAACCGACUCCCUGUAUCGCGGGAGUUCAAGCAACGAUGCUGGACCUGAUCUGACGCCAUUUGGCGAUCGGAAUUCCUCAUUUGUUAUGGACUAAAAACGAUUUAUAGAAUCCUCCAGCGUCGCGUCAGGCCGCUUCGCCCGAUGUCUCUUAGCCUGGAAGCGCUUACCGCGUUGCGAUAUGCCCCGACGAAUCGUCACUGCCCAGUUCUAACGUGGACAAUCGAGACGACGGGCCGUGAAACGACCUUGGCGACCUCGUCGCGCGGCCCGUCGACCACGAGGAUCCUCUCUAUGUAAGAUCACAUUAUUUUCGUACAGCAGCGAGACGCGCCAAGGGCGGCGACGUUUUUAUCCCCCUCACCCGGCCCUCGAACGCGUCGCAGACACCCCAGUUUGCGACCUAGCGGACGAGAGAUGAGCGUCCUCGAGGCCGUGCCUUAUAUAAACAUUUGACGACGCGUCUUAUCGUGCGACGUUGCUCGCCGAGCUUUCUUAACGAUCGACGAAGAUCGCCCUGGGCUGAGGUCUUCUGACGUCAGCUCUGACGGUCCCUAUACUAUACGCCUCAACUCCGUCGAGCCUCGUCAGAGGCGUUCAGCGUGUUCAAACGUGUCAACGAGCAACUGUGAUUCCAGUAUCCAAGGUGACCAGUAGUCAGGGUCUACCUAGCAAUGUCCAAUCGCGAAUGCUAGGUUGUGUGAUCUGUAACUUGCUGCUUGUCGAUGCUUUUCGUGAGAAAUUUGGACGGUACCGGUGUUCAGGGAAAGGGUUAGAAUUAUUUGUCAGGCUUUAUUGAGUGAUUCAGUGGUUAAUAUAAUUGGUGCACAGACUACUGUGUAUAUAGAAGCUUGCAGAGUAGUCGAUAACUGUUCUCGAAUUAUUAAAAUCCACGGAACCUUAAAGUUACGAAUAAUAAAUUUAGAUAGUUUUUACAAUUUUACCUAUUCACAACAAAUCAGACUGAAGGAUUUUUGAGAACAGUUACCACGUUUGUUCCUAAGCAUUGAAAAACCUAGAUCGUAGCAUCACUGAUUCUGAGAUCUUUGCAGAUAUCAUAGCAAGACUGUGCCUACAACUGCCAAACCUGCUCAAAAUAUAGAAAAAGUUGUGUAACUUUGCGGAUCACUAAUAUCACUCUAGAAAUUCACUUCUUCGUAAAGUUUGGUUCGUGAUCGAUACUUACUUCCUUCUGGUUUCACAAAAGUGACUAAAGAAAUGGCAAGUCAGCGAGGAACUUGAUCCAAGUUGCUCGUAGCUCGUUUCCAGCGAUAUGGUUCCAAACAUAAAAGUGCCCAGCAAUAUCGUCGACCAGUUCUUCUCCAGUGAACGAGUUAUCCGUACAAGGAGGCUCUUCGCUGGGCGAAGAAAUGGUCGGGAGUUACUGGAGAAAGCGAGAUGUAGAGAGAAUGAGUGAAAGAGCGAGAGAGAGAGAGAGAGAAAAAAAAAAGAGUGUUUAGAAAAUCCCUCAAAAGAACGAGAUCGUCGAGUCUGAAGAUUGGGAUCGUGGUGUUCCUAACCGUACCCGGAGACGCGAGAGCGAAGCGACAAAGUGAGAUAGAGAAAGAGAAAGAGUAAUAGAACGGUCCUUCUCGAAUAACGGAUGCGCAAUAAAGCAAGUAGUAAAAUCUCUAGUCCAGCGAGCGGCAGCUUUAACUCGCCUGCCAAUCCAAAAAAGAAAUGAUGAGAUGGAGGAAGCGUGUUGAUUUGUGUGCGAGAGAAAGAGAGAGAGAGAGAAAGAGAAGUAGAAGAGAAGAAAUUUUAUAAAGAUACAAAGUUUUAAUGAAAGAAUAAUUUGAAGAAAAUUAUCGCGCGUGUCGGACGAGACACGCGCAUGGAGAAAUCUUUUUAUUAGAUACGCUAUUAACGAUAGAACUAUAAUUGUAAAUCGCGUUCGGCGUCGAUGAGAGGUGUCAAAGCGAAAUUCCCGCGAUUCGAUCAGUUGGCCCUGAUUAAUUUGCGAACUAAAAAACUAUAACGACAAAACCAAAUGGAAACGGAAAGGUUCAGAUUCGGAUACAAGUAGAAAGGGAAAAUAUUUCUGCGAAAGAAAAGAUGAACGCUGCCCGGAAACGUUAGGACACGUUGGAUGACCUCGAGAAGGUAUCCUAACGAUAAUACAGACGCUCUCGUUGAUGUCAACCGGAUGUCGUUGUCGUCGUCGUGUCAGCAUUACCGUGUAUCGAUGUGUACCGAUUGAUUAAUGUUCUUACGUUCGUCACUAUCGCUGUUCUUCUACCACCCCCGCCAAACCCUCUUACGUGACCGUUUCCAUUCCAGACCGCGCGCAGAUCGAACAGCCAACGCCACCGAAGGCACACGCGCUCGACUGCGCCGACUCGCGGCACAUGCGGGCGCACGUGCCUCCUCAACCUCCGCGCGGUCAGAUUCGUAGAGAUAUUACAGAUCUCUACGGUCAGAAUCCGAGAUUUCGUUUCUUUUUUUCGAUUGUCGCGCGAGGAGACUCUAACCUCUAAGUCUUUAUGCGUUUUUUUUUUUGUUUGUUUUACGAGUUUCUUUUUUGUGUCUUUCGACGUGAUACGCACAAGAACACUCGGGAGUGUGCACGAUUCGGAAGUGUACGAAAGUCUGCGCGCGCACCUCGUCAUAUCAUCGAGUGUGUGCUGUUUAUUACGUCACGGUAAAAAAAAAAAAAAAAGAUACGUCACCUUGUAUCCCCCCCACCCCACCCCCUUGCCCUGAGAUGCGAAAGAAGUCUAUGUGCGAUAAGAGUUCUCUCCAUGAACCUAAUUGUAAAGAUGCCGAUACAAAUUUAUACAUAUGUAAUAUAAUUCGUGCGGCCGUGUGCUGUUCUACACAAUAAAAAGCCUGUAAUAUCUACG